CGCGUUCCGCGUCAGACCCAUUCGUAGACGCGGUUCAGCCAGCAAAAGGCCGCAUUUCUUCCCAUUUGUUCCGUUUGUGCUACUAAUACCUGAAUCCCUACAUCCGUCGCACCUCGCGACUACACUACCACAUAAUAGAUUCCUUUAUUCCCCUGCCGAUCCGUCUAGCUUCCAUUUGACUCGGUCCGUCCGUGCAAACCGCUUUCAGCACUAAACUUCGCUACCGUACCGGAAGGCAUUUCGCCGCCAUCCCAGUCAAAUGGUAUUUAGUUCAUUCGUCAACGCGGCGUUGACAAUGCCCUCCGGUGUCGUCUUACAGCAUCGCCUUCGUUCCCUUCGUCCCAGACUAGUAACGGCCCCGACUAGACCUCUUAAAACAGUCCUCGUCUGCCUCCUGGUUCUGCUCUCGGUGGGAUCUCGAGCCACACUCGCUGAAGGAUCGUUCAUCGACGACGUCGUAGCGUUUUUCCAGCGGCUGAGCCCCUUCAGGGAAGCAAAUGCUCCGGAGACAGCCACAACCUCCUGUACAGUCACCUCCCGUACAGUCACCUCCCGUACAGCCUCCAGUACAACCGCCUCCCGUGCAAUCGCCUCCCUUACAGUCACCUGCCCCUGCCUCUGCACCUGGACCUGAGCCUGGACUUAUAACGCGGUAUCCCACCGCAUGGAGUGAUACCGCGUAUUUGAAUACGUCAGCGGCAACAGGACCUAAGAGCAAACCGCCAGCGCCGACGCUAGAGCCGGCUUGGGAGCGGUUCGGAGUGUGCUCGGGCGGUAAGGGACCGUUUCCGAGUGACGAUCACUCCAAGGCGAAUCGGAACCACGUGGAAGGGAUGGGGCACCUCGCUCGCAUGGCUGGGCAACUACAUAGGCGGGUUCCCCAAGGCGGCGAUGGACCCCCUUCUAGACCUCAUGUUCCUCCCUCAGGCCUCGGCCUCAAUAUAGUGCGCUUCAAUAUAGGCGCCGGCUCCCUCCCGCAGUACAGCCCUCAGCUACACUCAGACGCCCUGCUUAGAUGGCGAGC